AGCUUGUGGGUCGAACUCGAUAAUAAAAAAAUAAAUCUUUAAGAACAUGUAUUUUUGUAUCUUUGCAAUAAUUAAAUCUGGCGUAGCUUUCUAAUUUAAAAAAAAACAACCAACUUAUGAUAAGUGAAGCCAGGCGUUCCGUACUGUUUUGUAUAGAUUGGCAUCCUGUCAGCUGGUGGAUAUGCUCUGCUAGUAAUAAAGUUUCAAGGGAGUCUGCCUUUGUCUCUGGUUUGUAAAUCUUAAAGGUUAUACUGAUCCGACAAUGGAUAACAAAGAAACUGUAUGUGUGACUGGAGCGAGUGGAUUCAUUGGGUCAUGGGUGGUUCGUUUGCUCUUGGAGGGAGGUUACUCUGUGCAUGCCACUGUUCAGGAUUUGGGAAAUGAGAAAGAGACCAAACACUUGGAAUCCAUGGAAGGAGCCAAGGAGAGGCUGAAAUUGUUUGAAGUAGAAGUGAUGGAUUAUGAUUCUGUUUAUGCUGCCAUUAGUGGUUGUGUGGGUGUUUUUCAUCUAGCAUCUCCUUGCAUUGUGGAUGAAGUCAAGGACCCACAAAUUCAGCUCUUGGAUCCUGCUAUCAAGGGUACUACGAAUGUCUUGCAAGCUGCCCACAAAGCAGGAGUGAAACGUGUAGUGGUAACCUCGUCAAUCUCUGCAAUCACUCCCAGUCCAAACUGGCCUGCUGAUGUGCCCAAGGAUGAAAACUGUUGGACUGAUCUUGAUUACUGUGAAAAAAAUGGGAUUUGGUAUCCUGCAUCGAAAACACUUGCCGAAAAAGCGGCCUGGGAUUUUGCCAAGAAAACUGGUCUGGAUGUGGUUGUCAUAAAUCCAGGCACCGUGAUGGGACCUAUUUUGCCUCCAGCUAUCAAUGCUAGCAUGGCCAUGUUUCUUCAACUUCUUCAAGGCUGCACUGAUGGGUAUGCAAACUUUUAUAUGGGUUGUGUACAUGUAAAAGAUGUUGCAAAAGGACAUAUCUUACUAUAUGAAUCUCCAUCAGCAUCUGGAAGACACCUUUGUGUGGAAGCAACGACUCACUGGAGUGAGUUUGCUGAUAUGGUAGCAAAACUGUAUCCCGAGUAUAAAGUGCACAGGUUCACAGAAGUGACACAACCUGGUCUGCUACGAGUUGAAAAUGCUCCAAAGAAAUUGGUUGACCUAGGAUUAGUUUUUACACCGAUGGAGCAAGUCAUCAAAGAUUCAGUUUCCACUCUUAAAGAAAAAGGCUUUUUGAAUUAAACAGCACAAUGCCAAAUCUUUGCAUGUUGUGGUUCUAUGUAAUAUGUAUAGCCGAAGGGGAGGUUUAAUUGGUUAGAAAAGGAAAUAUGCUUGAACCCAUCAACAUCGACUUAGUGUUUUCUUUCUAUCAUUUCGGAUGAUAUUUAGUUCAUGUAGUUUGUCUUAGAUAGUACUGUAUAUUUUUGCCUUCCAAAAAAAUUCAGUUGUUGCCUUUUAAGGAAGUUUACAGAGAACAAUUGCUGUUUUAUUCCUCUAGCUAGCACUUCAAGUGCAAAGGAGGAUUUUCAUAUAUCAGCUAUAAACUUAGUCCUGAAAUAUAAUGGGGUUUGUCAUAUUGUAGUUGUAAAUAUGCAUAUGAGGAGGGGCACAGGAUAUGUCAAACAAUUCUGCUUUCUAAGUCAAAACUUGAUUUUAGAGAAUC